UGUUUUUGACCACGCUCCGAGGCAUUUCAAAAAUUUUGAGCGUAAUCAUAUAAGAAAAGGAAAUGAUGACAAUGCUGUAUCAGAAAUAGAUUUGCAAUGUAGAAUGCUAAGGAUCUGGUUGUAGCAUUUUUGGGUUGCAAAAAUCUUCCCAGAUGCUGCGUAAAUAUGCCGAAGACAUACGAUGUUCGUAUCACAACUCUGGACGCGGAAUUAGAGUUUUCAGUCGAGGUUAGUUCAUAAACACAACUGCUGCUGUAUGUUGUUUACAUGGCAUCUAUUAGCGUCCUUUUUACUGUAGAUUCUUUAUUUAAACGCGUUAAUUUGAUGAAUUACGCCGUUUCGUCUCUCUCUCUCUCUCUCUUACAGAGAAAUUGCACUGGAAAAGAGUUGUUCGAUCUCGUCGUACGAACCCUUGGUGUUCGGGAAACAUGGUAUUUUGGCUUGCAAUUUGUUGAUAGGAAAAAUGUUAUUACGUGGCUAAAAUUUAAUAAGAAGGUAAGGUUAUGUAGUUAGAGACAGGUUUAUUUUGACGUAAGUCAUUUGAAAAAUUAAUGUCAAUAUCAACCGCUUAAACGCAGCAUGUGAACAUGGUGGAACUUCAAGUAAUCACUGCUCAUUACAGAGUUCCUUACUUAUGUCGGAUCUCAAUUCAUUAGCGUACGUGCUAUUAACCUAAUAGUUUUCAUUGAGCUCAUUUUUGUGGCAUGUACAUUAUUUGUUGACGUUUUGAUAAGCUAGGGACACAAUUUUCUGUUUUCAGCGUAAUUCCCACGACAUGUGUAUUUUUCUUCAUUUUUGGCUUAUCUUGUAAAUUAACUGUAUUUAACUAGUAAUAAAAUUUUCAACGCCACACUUACAUGUAUUUUAGCCUCGAAAACCAAGGCUGAAUUCAGUGAAGCCUUGAUUUAAAAUUUGGGAAAGUUCGGGGGGCAAAUUAAAAAAAUCUUUCCAUUUGAUGAAAAACUAUUUUUGCAUCACAGCUGACUACGUACUAAAUAGCCCAGAGCGAAUCAAAACAAUAGCUAAAAGCCUCGUAAGGUUGCUUUUUGUUCGCACAAUUGUCAUUGUAAGCAGGUGGUUGUGCAGUCGUCAUUAUAUUGUUGAUUUAUCUUUUGCUUGAAGCAUACUUUAAUACUUUGUGAGGUAUGAGGUAUCACACGCCCUUCUUUAAUGGCUAGAAAAUUAGAAUGAUCUAGUAUCGGGUGGUUAAUUAAUCUGGUUGCAUCAAAUUUGUGUACGCAAAAUGCCAUGUGGCUUCAGGUAGAAAAUUCAUCAAUGUUAAUUGUUAAAGUCUUUUAGGGUGUUUAUCAUCCUUAACUGAUUUCACAUGAUAAGGGGUCAAAUAUUUAAUUGUUUUUCAUUGAAUUCACAUCUUGUCCUUAAAAGACAUUUUCUCCAUUUAAGAAUGUUUGUAAACAAUUUUAAUUUUCAUAGCUCUAUGAUGUCAGUAAUUUUCUGGAGAACAAAAGUGUAUCAAGAAUAAAAUUUAUAUUGGCAGUGAUUUGAUUGUUAGUCUGAUUUCUCUGAGAAUCUAACGUUUACCUGAGUGUCAAAUUUCAAUAGUUAUAUUGUCCAUUGUAUGUAUGUAAUAAUAACUAUUUAUUUUUUGUAAAAUAAUGAGAGUAAUGUGAUUAACAUAACACUGUUUAUUGAUUAUAAGCAUGUUCUGAGAUGAAAGUGGAAAAGUAUUAUUCAUCUCGGCAGUCUUGACCUGCUCCCUGAACAAAAGCUAGACAAAAGCUUCCAACACUCUCUAUGCAAAAUAGGUUACUAUCAUAUUUUUGGAAAUUUAAUUGGUUAUUGCACAGCCAAUUCAUGCAAAGAACAAAAGAUAAUGCAAAAGUAAGAUUUAAAUGAAUAAAACUCAAAUAAUUUGCAUAUUAUAUGGCUCAGUCUGUUUCUGCUGUGUGAUCAGUCAAUUUGUGGUCUGUAACUUGUCAUACAGACCAAAAUCUCAAGAGUAAAUGCUCAUGCAUUUCACAGCUCUAAAUCUCUUUAUCUCGAAAAAAAAAAAGGGUUUAAAAAAAGUUAUAAGACAUCUUUCAACCUUGAGGACUUGGAUGCUGACUUUGUCCUUCAACAUUUUGACCUGUGUUUACUUGUGAAUAAAGGCGAUGAAGAAACUGAAUGAUAAUCUUAUCAAAGAAGAGGAUUUUAGUCAGUGUUAUCGCAGUACACAGUUAAAAAGACGAAAAUCGACUGGCAGAAAACAACCAAUUUUUUUGACAAAUAUGAUAACAAACAUCGCUGCAAAUACCUGCACCUGAUCAUCUUGACAAGCUUCUUUGCCAUUUGCAAUGUUUUUUUUUCAAAGACCAAAGAAAGAAAGAUGGUAGCAACUUUGAGCCAUUCACAAUGUCAAGUUUUCCAAAGACUCCAGCAUCAUGUGCAUUGGCGAGUGAAUACUUACAGUGCUAUUAGUUUUGAAGAAGUAAAUUUCUUCACCAUGGCACAUUUACAUUUUGAUUAUGGAAAGACUUUGUAAUGUCCUAUAGACAAUAGUUUCUGUGGGCCAAUUAAAAAUCACUUGUUUUGCACUUCUUUCUGGUCCCCCAAACAUGAAGCCAUGCUCGUUUACAAAUCAAUUCAUCCAUCAGCUCGCUCCUAGGAGCCUUUCAUUGUACAUUUCUCUGCUGCCAUUGCACAACUACGACAUGAAAAUGCUUAAUCACACAUUCUGUGGAGCACAUACAACUGUAAACAAGCAACAACAAAUUUUUCAUUCUCUUUCUAAACCUCGAGUGCGGUUCCCAAGAAAUCAACUCCUGAGGGAAAUUUGCCUACAUUAAACAUUUUCAUUGAAAUUAAAUAAAUGCAACAAAGUUUUGAAACAUGCAAAUUCGCUUUAAAAGUGACGUUUUCACUGCUGUUGCCAAUUUGGAUACUAAAGCUCUCUAACAAUUUGAAGAUGAUAUGACGAUGGCUUAUUCUGCGUAUUACAGGUCUUGGAUCAAGAUAUUCCAAAGGAGGAUCCAGUGAGUCUAAAUUUCCGAAUAAAGUUUUAUCCUGAGGAUGUAGCUGAGGAACUCAUGCAAGAAAUAACACAGCACUUGUUUUUUCUGCAAGUAAAGGAAGCCAUUUUGAACAUGGACAUCUUCUGUCCCCCAGAGGCAUCUGUUCUCCUUGCUUCCUAUGCUGUACAAGCUAAGGUAAAGAUACUCAGUACCGUAAAUCCUCUCUUAAGCCCCCCCUCUCAGAUAGCCCCAUCUCUAAUAAUCUUUCUUCCCCUUUUCAAGGGAAGAAAGUUAAUUAAAGUUUAUUUACUGUGAAUGUAAACAAAUAAAGCUUGAGCUAUGUUAAUAAGACCCCCCCCCCCCCCUCUCCACUCACCUAAUUAUUCCUCACUGAUAAAUGAUAGACUGUAUUAAUCAAUCAUCAACUUUGUGUGGGCUGAUCCAGGGCGGUUUAUUUACCAAAUGGAAGUUUAGAUAAAUUUUUAUUCUGAUCCUCAGCAGCAUGACCUCCAACCUUCUUGUACUUGAACGUUUCCACUUUGUAUUCUAGUUCUUUAUGGAGAACUGAUACCAUUAAAUUAAAUUCCACCCCCCCCGCCCCCUCAUUCAAAUGGGCUUGAAUUAAUAAAUAAGCUCCCCCAGGGGGCUUAAUAGAGAAUAUAUGGUAAUUGAAUUAGACACCUACCAAGUUAUGACCACAGGUAGAGUGGUAAUAGCUCACAAUAGAUGAUGUUUAUUGCUAAUUCUUGUAUCUUAUUGGUACGCAAUUGUCCUUGAAGAGUGCUAACUUUUUUCAAAUUUUGUUUUUUUUAUUUUAGUAUGGGGACUAUGACAAGGAAUUUCAUACUCCAGGAUUUCUUGCAAAUGAUUUAUUGCUUCCUCAAAGGGUCAGUAUUUGGGAGUUAAUGUGGUGAUCCUUUCUAUGAUUUGACUGCCAAUUGUAGUGUUAUUACCUAGCUGUAUGUCAAGAGGUUCCACUAACCUGUUAAAUGCAUUUAAAUGCAAUUUAAGGAAGUUAACAACUAAGAGCGCCUUAAGUGCCUGAGGUCUAUGGUCCUUGGCAUGCCCAUGCCCGGUAGCUGGCUGCAUCGAUCAUGUGAUUCAUUGGCGCGUUCAGUUUUCCUCCGUGCUAGGUUCUGUCAACUUAAGCAACGACAGUGGCGAUGGCAAUGAGAAGAGCAAAAAUGCAAUUAUAGGUUCUAUAAGCAAAACCAAAAGUUUGCACAUGCAUCACACUUUUUUGUUUAUAUCUAGUUUCUUGUUUUAUGGAAUAUGUUGACACGAGGCAAAAUUUUGAUUUGUCUAGCAUGUGUCAAAAUAUUUUCUAACUUGUGCAAGGCAAAGAGAUCUUUUAAACCAUAUCCGCAUCAGUAUGAUUCAGAAAUAGAGAAACAGGCGAGAAAGACAAGAAAACUGCUAUGAUGAAUAUUUUGUUCCACCACCCAUCUAUGGGAUACUUCCUUGAAGGUUAUUUCAUGAUCUUCAGGGAAACUUUUCCCUCUGAAAUGAAGCCUGGUGAAUGCUCAGCAAAAAUAACUAACAAAAAGGGUAGAAAAGUGAAAAAAAGUGGGAAGGAGAAGAAGCAAAACGUAAAAAUAGAGGAGGCAGUGUCUCAUUUCAAACCAAACAUCUUGAAAGUUUACCCCUUUUCCCCCAAAGUUCAGAAGCUGCAGUUUAGCACCAGGAACAGACUUAAGCCAGAAUAGUUUUCUAAUAGUUUUUUCACUUGUGGUUCUUUUGGCCAGGAAGUAACCAGAAAACAGCUCCACCUGUUUAGUGUUUUGGCUCAGACAAUAUAUUAUUUUGACCAAAAUUUCUAGGAUCAAAUGCAUGGUUUGAUGUCAGGUACAGUCUAAUCUCUCCUUACAGACACCUCUAUAAUACAGACACCUCUCUAUUGCGGACAGUUUGUUUGGUCCCAGAAAUGCCAAAAAUCAUACAUUCCCUACCUCUAUAAUACGGACACCUCUGUAAAGCGGACAGCUUGGUUCUGUCCCUUUGAUGUCCGUAUUAAAGAGGUUUGACUGUAUUUUUGUCACAAAUUAAGCACUUAAAGAUUACAUGUACAGCAACACCUGAUGAGCACAGUUAUUGUAGCAGUUGUGCUUUCAGUAAAGAAAAUUUGUUUAACGAUUAAUUUAUACUUCAGGUUAUUGACCAGUACCAGAUGACAUCAGACAUGUGGGAAGAGAGAAUUACCUCAUGGUAUGCUGAACACAAAGGAAUGAGAAGGUGUAACUGUUUUUCUUUCUCUGCUGUUAGUACAGAAAAUGGUCAUCUUGAUUAAUUGGGUUUCAUGUGUCUCAUAUGGUUGAGUUCUUUUGAUAGUGCCAGGGGCACUAGCAACUCUUGGAGUUGAUCUUCGUGCAAUGCAAUUGGUCAUUUAUUUUGAUCUUGAUCACAAAAGACAAAAAGGGGCAUUAGCCAAAAGUCAAACAGCAGCUUAGGCAGAGCUUUUUUGGUGUUGAAAAGUGAUGAAGAAUAAAAUAAGUGGUGGUCAACCCUUGCACGACAAACUACCCAAAAUGCCAAGAUCUGGUGGCAUCACUCUAUGGGAGGUGGUGAUUUUUAUUAUGAUAGGUGAUUCCAUGUGAGACAUGGUUCCACAUGAAGGUUUCACUGUUCUAUGUUUUUUCCCUUACUUGCCUCUGUUUAUAAUUCCUGGAGUCAACAUAAUUGUCAUCACAGAACUGGGGUGCCUUACCUAGAGAGUUAUGCUCUGCAAUUAAUAUUGCCCAUUUGUGUUUCAAUUCUGGUCAGUGGACUCUCACUUUAAGCAAAUUUGUUUUGAUUUGGUAAUUGUUAACUCGAUUAACUUUUUUAACUAUCAUUUCAUUUACACCAGAGAUGAAGCAGAAAUGGAGUACUUGAAAAUAGCACAAGAUUUAGAGAUGUAUGGAGUGAGCUACUUUGAAAUCAAGGUACUGUGACUGCUAAGAACAGUCUGUCCUUCUGAAAGGGUUCUUUAGUUAAGACCAGUUGCAUUAUUUAAGGGCCCCAACAUAUAGUUGCUACUAUCUGUACUGAAAAGUUUAAAUAGGCCUUAAAGCCCUGGCUAAAUUAUCAAACAUUUUCUUCUAGCAUCGUGUUUGAAGAGCUUGUUUUUCUGAUUAGCCACCUCUCUUAACAUUGCAUUUAAAUGGCUUUCAGCAUCAAACAUUUCGCAUCACAAACAAAUGUUAAAUUGUUCAGUGGUGAAUCCAGACCUUGAGGAAAUGGGGGUGCUGCUCGUCCUCACCUUGUGUUCAGGGAAAGGGGUCUCAUAAUAAUUUUUUUUUUUUCCUUGGGCCAUAAUUUUGGUUGAAAAACAAUGAGGGCUUGGGCUUGGGCCCCUCUCCUGGAUCCACCACUGUGUUUAAUGAACAUUUGAAUUGAUGCAUGUUUACCUCAGUGCCUAUUAUUAAUUGUAUUGUUGUCCUCUCUUUGCAUAUCAUUACAUUAUAACUGAUAUCACUUUACACUGUUUUCCUGUUAUUUUGUAAUUUGAAAGUUUGUUGUACAACUUGACUUUGGCACAGCAAAGUUGACAGUGACCUCAUACACAAAAAUGUUUCUUACUGUAUCUGUUCAAACAACUGAAUGGCAAGUGAAUAGGCUAGAUAAGCCAUUCAAAACAGAUUUCAUCAACAAUUGCAGAAAUAAUUUUAGAACAGUUGAGGUCAAAUGGGUGAAGGAAAUGUUUUCUUUAACACUUAGUGGUUACCGUUGUCAUUUUGCAGAACAGAAAAGGGACAGAUUUGUGGCUUGGGAUUGAUGCCCAUGGUUUAAACAUAUACGAGAAAGACAACAAACUUAAUCCAAAAAUCUCCUUUCCUUGGAAUGAGACAAAGAAUAUUUCUUUUCACGAUAAACGGGUAAGUGUCCAUAAUAAUCCCAUUUUCACUGUCAAAUCUGGAGAACCACAAACACCUGAAAUAUCUCAGGAUCGGUAUUGUGUUGUUACCAAUCACUUGAGGAAGCCACAACUGCAAAGUAAUUUCAGUUGUUGCUAGCAGUUUCAGGGCUGUAACUAAGGGCUCAGGGGCUGGGGAUUUCCAUGGCUACUAUGGGCAUGACCUCUGGCUACCUUCAUUGGAGACACAAGGAAAAUAGCAUCAACAGAACUGUGGUUUUUUACCAUUUACAAAAACUUUCCAGAAAAUCCAUUUCGAAAGUAAAUGGAACACGGCUUUUCAGGUCGUUUUAGUGGAACAUAUCCUGAAGCAAUGGAACAUCUAAAAGGUAGCCUUGUUUUACCGGUCACAAUGUCCAAACAGACAUUUGUGUCCCAUUUCUUCAAAGCAAUCUUUGAUACCGGUUUCAGCCUUCUAUGGCCGUUUUUUGGCAUAACUGUAACUGUUUAGUGCAAAUGAUGAAAGCGACUCUGGGAUAAAAUUUAGCAGUGUUGAAUUUUGCUCAUCAUUCACCCACACCAUGAACCUACCAGUUUGCUCAUACAAAAUGGUAAACCACCUUUUUAACUUUUCAGUUCACUGUAUGCUUACAAACUUCAUAAAUUAUACCCUGAAACUUGAAAUCUUAGUAAAAGCCCUCAAGUCUAGUUUUUGCAUCCUUGAUGCCUGAUUGGUUUUAUUAUCUGCAACCCGGCAAUAACAUUAUACAGUAAUGAAGUCUUCUUGAGCUACACACCCAUUUUUUGGACAAAGUCAAAUCAUAUACACUAAUUACUAUACAUGGCUUCUUAGUUUCAGAUCAAACCAGCAGAAAAAUCAUCCCCAGAUUUUAUAUUUCAUGCAGCAAAACUUAGAGUCAACAAAGUGGUGCGUAUGCAAGCAGAAGAACUGUUUUUUUUCAGUAUUUUGUUGAGUAAUUAUAAUCUGGUUGUGUGACACAGAUACUAAAAUGCCAUGAAAUGAUAAUAAUUUUAGCUUCAUACUUUCCUUUCAUUUUUUUUUUUUUAACAGAUUCUUGAUUUGUGUAUUGGUAACCAUGAACUUUUCACACGGAGGAGAAAACCAGAUACUAUGGAAAUGCAACAGAUGAGAUCUUUAGCCAGAGAGGAGAAAAUGAGACGGCAGGUGAAGUCAAAAGAUUUCUGUUUAUUCAGUUUUCAAGCAUUUAAGCAAGAGAAGUUUGUGAGAUCUUAUUCCAACUUUAUGUGAGCUGUAGCCAAAUUUUCUAAACUCUUUAGCACCCAUGGCUGAUGAGUGUUUGCAGAAGAGUAAAGUAAACAAAAAAACAGCCAGUCUUGAUUUUAUUUUUAUGAAUGGGAUCCCUGGAAAAAGUGGUGUUUUCAUAAGCUGACAUAAAAAUGGUUUUUAUGAAAGUCUUAGAAAAUUUAAAAGUAUAAAGGCACUUGAUAUAAUAAUUAAUUCAAUUACUAUAUAUCUUUUAACUUUUGCAUCCAGCAUCACAUAUUUUAUACAACUAAUGUACAACGACAUCCAUAUACACUUAAAAUAACUCUCAAAAUACUUGUAACAGUAAACAACGUACAUAUUUGCCCUACUUUUUGGUAUUCAUUUUAAAAUUGUUUGUUGUAGAUCGAAAGGGAUAAGCUGUUGAAAGAACAGCAAGCACGUGAGGAAAUAGCUCAACAAAAGGAGGAGCUUGAAAGAAGAAUGAUAGAAUACCAGGAAGAAGCCAGUAGAGCCAAGGAAGCAUUGGUAAAUAAAUUUCCCAAGAGUGACCAACAUCAAUUUUCUCCUAACAGAAUCAAUACACCAUUGAGAGAAACGGUUGUGAGAAUUGAUAUAAUGAUCACCAAAGAAAAAAUGCUUUGAUCCUUUAUCAAAUUCUCUUAACUGGCUCUUUAAGCAAAUGUAUGGAGAUCAGGCUGAAGAAUUUGUAUGUAGAUAUUUGGGCCUUAGGGGGUAAGCAAAUGAAUGCAUCCAUGCCCAACUAACCAAACUGUAUAAUACCUUGGUGCAUACUCUCAAAUAGGACAUGAGGUUUUAGUAAUGUUGAGGUUUCGAAUAACUUUUUUUGCGGUAUCUCGGCAGUAGUUACAUCAGUUUCGGUUUUAUAGAAUAAAACACUUUACUUGGACAUAUUAACUAAGAAUAACUUUAUGUUGUCUUUUCUAGAUUAAAUCUGAAGAGAUGGGUGAAUUGUUGGCCGAGAAGGCCAGAGUGGCUGAAGAAGAGGCAGCUUUGCUGGGGAAAAAAGCCUCUGAUGCAGAGGAAGAAAUUAAAAGACUCCGAAUGAACGUCAGCAAGGUAUGCACGCAUAUGUUGUACUUAAUUUUUUAUCUCAGUUAAUUUUUGUUUUUCCAUCGUUUUUGGGUAUGGUAGUGUAUGCUGAUGAAUUUGAAACAAAGGAAAAAAAUAAAAAAACUACAACACAUACAAGUAUAUUUUACGGGGGCGGGGGGGGGAGUGUAAGAUACAUCGAGACCACCACCCAAGCAUGAACAUUCUUGACAAGAAACAGGCAACACAAACAUGUCGAACACCAGGGGAAGCGGAGCUUAUCAUUGUAAAUUAUUAUUCCUUGACCAAUACUGUGUUUGUUUACUCGGUUUUUUUACAGUCAGGAGACGAGCGAGUAGCUAUGGAAAGAAGAGCUCGUGAAGCAGCAGAAGAAAGAUUAAGGAGAGUCAUGCAAGAGGCCGAAGCAAGGUAAAAAAAAAAUGUUCGCGACGUUUGGAACAUACAACAUCCCAUCGCAAAAUCAUUGAGUGGCUGAAGCAGUUCAGUAUUUAGUUAAAGUGAUUAUGAAAAUAGUCAAUUCCUGAAUCAGGCCCCGGUUGUUCAAACGUUGGAUACCGCUAUCCAGCGGAUAAAUCACUAUCCAGCGGAUAAGUAUUAGGAAUUAAACCACUGGAUAGAGAUUUAUCCACUGGAUAGCGUUAUCCACCUUUUUAACAGCUGGGCCCAGAACGUUAAUUUGGCUUUCUACCUUAUCACGCGGCUAUUUUGUUGUGGUGUGUUGGAGCCUUUUUGAAACGGUUGGCAGAAGAUGAAAAUUGUUGAACAAAACAGUCAUUCCGCUAAGCGAGGUGACUAUUAAGGCUGUACAUCACAAGUGAUAUAAAAUGAUGUUAUCUGAAUUUUUCUACAUCUUAGAGCAAGGGAAUCUUUACUGGUGAGAGAAGAUUUGAUGAAAUCACGUCAGGCGGAGAGGCUAGCAAAGCAAAAGCUACUGGAAUUUACGUCUUCCCCAGAUCUAUUCUCUGUAAGUAAAACUUGCCUCGUCUGAAACUUAACAGAGACUGGGCACUGACCUUAUGACCUUGGAUUUCUGGGAUUGUUCAACUAGAUGUCUAAUUGUACAUAAUGGCAACAUUAGCCAAUCAUAGCUCCUGUAAGAGAGGUGCAUUUCUUCUAAUUCCCCUCACGAAUCGAUCCUUUGACCUCCCAAGCAGAGCGCAGGCGCUUUAGAGACUCGUGGCAUUCCUCCUUUUAUAGUUUGCCAAUACAGUGGACUGUAAGUAUUGAAAGAAUGGAAACCCAAAACAGGAAACAGGUUCCCUCACUGAAGGGUUACCUAAGACUCACAAUAAAUAAAACUUAAAACAGCUAAAAAAAACUCACAAAUGCCUAAACAAGUGGCAAUUAUGUAAAAUUAUUGAAACUAUGUAGUUAUCAAAAAAUUAUAAAAAAAUAUAAGGCUCAGUCAAUUCCAGGCGUGCCUAUCCCACCGGGCAUCCGUCAGACGUCCGUCACCUUGUCGGUUCCCGCGGUGGGGAAUCUGUCAGAAAACCUCUGCCCAGGGGUGGGGCAUUUGUCAAUUCUUCUAGAAGCGGUUAAUAUCGUUCCUUUUUCAAUAUUUCACUUAAAAACUUGCACACUGUUAUGAUCAACAAUGUUGAAAGUUAACUGUUCGGCUGAAAUAGGUUUCUUUAACGAUCCUCAAAAUCUCCAGCUUAAAGUCAGUAACUCUUCCUCUCUUCUAGAGAAGCAAGUAACUGGUACAUUACUUUCUGAAAGCUUCUUUGUAUGGUCCUAUGACCGGGUUGAUGUGACGUAAUUAGUAAAGCAACGGAAGUAGAUUGCUGUAAUUUUAGCCCUAACGUUCUUGACUUAACUCUUAGGCUGCUUUAGGAUGAGCAAUAUUCCUGUCUCUUGUUGUCCAAAGAUGAAUAGUGCUAUCAAGUUUCUAUCCACUGGACACUUUCGGUUUUCCUAAGUACCACUUAUCCACUGGAUAUUAAUUUACUGGAUUGGACGGUGGUUUGGAUAUAUGUUGUAUCCACUGUUGACGAGUAGGCCCACAGACUUUAAUGCUGGAAACAACAUAUAUCCAAGUCACCUCCACCCUCGAUCUUCACUUAUUAAAUCAGUUUUUAAACUCUCGGUUUAAUCUAUACUCCGUAGAGUAGGCUGCUUAGUUCUGUACCUUGAAGAUCUUUAGUCUUUGACUGUGAGUAAAAGAAACAAAAUUGGCACGGCAUUCUGCUCUAUUAGUUCGUUUCUCAUGGCUUCAGUGUGGUCGUAUGUGUCCUAUUUAUACUUAAAAAUGUUCUCGAGGAAGUAAAUUAGUACUUCUGUAACACCAAACACGGGAGGCAAAACAGGAGGUGGUACUGCAAUUUUUCAUAAUAAAAUUACUUCAACUAACAGUAGUAACUAAAGUUCUCGUUGUCUAUUUGUUCUGUAGAGGUACCACGAUCCAAGGGAAAUAAUUGCCGAUAUCGACCGAAGUGUUGACCAGUUAACAGAUGGCGAGGUUAAUCAACUGUCCAGAGAAUAUGAGAGGGAAAGGUAAAAACGAAAACUGCUGUACAGUAAAGUCUCUUUUGUCUUAUGCGGUGCUCAGCUGGGACACUGCCUGCAGGAAUAAUAGUUAUGUAUUAUUUAUAUAACGCUUUCUUUCAACAGAAACAGGAAUAUUCAGCAGCAGCUGAGAGACCUCAAGUCGCAGAUGGAGGUAAAAACUGCUUUGACAGUUUUCCGUAUUAGUUUUGUUUAAAUGUAAUACUCACAACUUUCCAAAAUGCUGACGUUUCUCGCGGCUGCGUUUGUCCUUUGCAUGCUUACAUGUAACAUGUAACAUUAAUAGCUGAUAGUGAUAAAUUUAACUAUUCAUUAUGGAAGCGAAAUUGUUUCAUUUAGAGAAGUACCCAAAAGCUCUUUCUUUAUUGAUUGGGACUUUUUCUUGUAGUUCUCAGUUAUUCGCCCAUGGGUUUUCUUGCCGGUCUGGGAUUUAGUCAGACAGAAUUCGUUAUAAAGUGAGUAAAGGAUAGUGAGCAGCUGACCUCAUGCACUAUUUCCUGAUCGCUCGUACUGUGUUUAUUUCCAAAUGAAUUUAUUGAUCGAGGCAGUUUCUCCUGUAGUUCUCACUUAUUCGCCAGAAGGCCUUCUCACGUUUGGGAUUUUAUCACACACAUAUCGUUAUAAAGUGACUAGCUGGUCACACAAUCUCCUGAUUGCUCAUACAGUGUUUGAUAGUGGGAUUCUCGCCGGAAUUCUGUAGUGUUUGAAGCCUGUGUCACUUCUUUGUAGAGGACGGGAUGAAGGGUCACCCUAUAGCCUGCGAACCGCAGACGUAUUUCCGGUCGUCGUUUCUCUUCCUCCACUUUUGAUUUGAAUUUUAUCCAUUUGCUCUUCUUUAUUUCAUUUUUAGGGACUGAAGAUUGAUGAUAGACAGACGCGCUGGGAUUACAUUCAUGAUGAAAAUUUAAGACUCGGAGAAAAUAAGUACUCUACGCUCCAGAAAGUGAGUAAUGAAUUUGUUUGCAAUAUUUAUUUCCGGGCUUUCCAGUUAAACGAUCCAAGUCCGAGUCGAAUCAUCAAGAUAAGGCACCUAAUGUUAUUUUUCGUUUUCUCGUUUUGCUUUUUGCUGAUAACAAGUUCUUUAGUAGUCGUACAUUCACAAAUUUUGCCUUUCUGUUUUCACAUGGUUGAACACCGCCCUCGAAUAAACGCCGCAGGUGAAGUAAUUAACGCCGCCCUCGAAUAAACGCCGCACCUAAUCAGAAGAAUACGGCGUUUAUUUGAGGAUAAUAAGAAAAGUUAUUACAUGGCUCAAUCUACGGGCAAUUCCUGCAUUCUGAUUGGCUACCCGAGCGUACCUUGCCCGCUGGGGAUUUCCCACGUUGGCCCCGCAAUUAAAAGUUCUGUUUUUGGCCACGUAAUAAAUCCUUUAUUGACAACGUUUGCUCCUUCAAGAUGACUGAAUAUUGUUCUCGUUCUUUUUCGCGUUUUUACUGACUAUAUCCAGCCAUCGUGACCUCACGCUUGGUCAAUAACGCAUAUAUAUUGGAAGUACGAUUCUAUCUCACCAAAAAGGCCGGACACUGAAACGUAGAACCUAUUUCUGCUUAUUUACCUGUUUUUACAAAUGAUUUAUCGUAAAUCGGGGGUCUCUUCCGAUAAGGGGUCCGGACUCACACAUCCCCUUUUUGCAGAACUUAAGUUGGAUGCACUUUCUAAGUUACGAUAUGUGUAGUUCUUUGUCACUAAAAAUUGUUUGUUUACUCUGAACAGCGUAGUAUAUAUAGCGACAAUCAACUUAGAGAUAAGACCAUGUUUAAAGUGGUCGCUUACAACAUACUUGGGACUUUAAGAUCCAAAGACGCGGACGGCAACGAGAAUGUCAAAAAAAUAAUUGGUUUAAUAAGCAAAACAACAACUUCGCACGUGUAUCACGCUUUUUUGUACAUUUCUUUCCUGUUUUUGCAAGACUACGACGUGAAAAUGCCUAUUAAAAUUUUGCGUUUUAUGGAGGACGUAAACAAGCGACGACGAAAUUUUAUUUCUCCUUCUGAGCUUGGCUAUGGUUCAGCUUCAGAGGGUUCGCCUACAUUUGACAAAGUAAGUGGGUAGGAAUAAUCGCUAUUAAGACUGAAGGAACGCAAAUUCACUUUUAAGCGACGUUCUCGUUGCCGUCGCGUCGUUGGACCUUAAAGUCCCUACUUACCUGCGAGCAGAGCCUCCUUUUGUCUUUUUGAUCGAGGAGGACAAAAGGAGGUUCUGUCUGAAUCACGUCAAACCUCUGAGGUCACCACAGCCCGAACUUCUGGACUAGUCAAUCUUGUUUUCUCUCGUCAAACUGUUUUUUUCGAGUGUGAGCAUCGUUUUUUUGAUAAACCGAUGGUCAUAACCGAGCCCGCUGUAGCAAGCACACGGCUAUUAGGCCUGGGUUGGAAACUAUAAAUAAUCGCGUUCUAUUGGGAAAAAACCGUUUUUGGUUGGUUUGGUUGAUCAACUUUUUCAACCAGCUCGGUCUUUGUUUUGAGACUGCCGUAAAUUUGAGAAAACUUUAUUUUCUACCUGAAAAAAUUCAAUUCAACGAAAUUUUAGCAUAAUAAAAAACGUGUUUCUACAAUCGUCCUACUUAUCCUGUAUUCCUGUUAGCCGUCAAAAAGCACAUUUCUCCUCAUCUUGACUUUACACAUGUCCCGGCGCCGAUAAAUCGGAUAUUUCAUUCUCAAAAAUAGCCUGUAAUGCGAGGCUCAGGCGUCUCCAUGGUUUCCAACAACAACAUUUGCGCUACAUGUUCUAAUUCAUGGUCUGAUUAUUGUUAUUGAUUUCAGAUUCAGACGGGGACAUCCACUGCUAGAAUACAGUUUUUUGAAGAGUUAUGAAAGACACUGUUAUUUUGCUUAAGAAUAUAUUAGAGAUCACUUAAUGUAUUUAAUUAUUUUUAAAACGGAGAUAUUUAAUCCAUAGAUGAUAUUAUUAUUGCAAUUAAUUGUUGUUAUUAUUUCUUUCACUUGUUUUUGUUGUAUUUGUUUCACUUGCUCUAAAACUCAGCUCAUUUUAGUUAAGUUAGCUAGUUUAGGUUUUAAGCUAUCUAUUAAAUUUCGGAUGGACUUACCACCUAGUUCUGAGGUUUUCUUGAAACACAGGCAUAAAAGAAAGUAUUUUGGGCAAACUCUUUUCCAGGCUCUCUCCUUUCUGCAGGGGAAAGUCUGGGAACCCAAACCACACGGAAGAUAAACUUAAGGGCCUCCUCAUGUUUUUUUAAUUUAUGUAUGAAAAAACAAAUAUGGAAUAUCGGAUGUUUAUUAAUUUAUUAUUUUAAACAUUGUUGGAAGAUUUUGAUAUUUACUUUUAUCGCCCAAGAACGGUUCCUUCUAGUUAGCUUUUCAAUAGGUAAACUGUUUCAAAUGUCAUUAGACAAAUAGGUAGGUUUUAUGAAGACAGCCAAAGCAAGUUGUUAAUUUGAGUGUAAUAAUGUAGAGUCUAGUUUAUAUCAGUAAAAAAUACUGUGACAUUCCUCAGCCAGUAUAGGAUUAGUAUCCCUUGGUGCUGCUAGCUUUUGCGUCCGUCAACGCAGCUUUCAAACUCUUCCAUUUCCCUGAUUCUGAAGUAGUUUGAUAACCAUAAUUCAACAUUUUCUUGUGUUAUAGUUUUUAUCGCUUAUUUUGACGAUUCGAUCAAAUAGACUUUGUGUUACUUCUGCUUUAAAGCGCAAAAAAAUAUAUAAGAUUUGGUCGUGAACAUAGGCUAUUCUGUUUCUCAGAGCUUGGCGUUUCUUUUGGUCAAGUGGUCCUUUAUUAUCUCGUUGGGAAAAAAGCUGGGGCUAUUGGCGUCUGCACUGUUCUAUCACCAUAGCAUAGCUGCGCAAACAGUCGCCUCUCGGCACUAACUGUCAUUUGGAAAAAACCAAGCUUAAACGCCCGGCAGUGGGAAUUGAUGAGAGGCGAGUGUAUUUGCAGCCUACAGGCAGUACUAUUGCGGGAACAAUAGGGCGCAUGGCAUCAUGGGUAGGAUGGGAGACAUGACACCGCAGAUACAGUACGUUCUCAAGAAAUAAUGUGCACCGCGUAAGAGAAAAAAACAGACACUUGGAGAGGGGGCAGAUCAUGGAAUUAAAAGAAUCCAGAAUUAAAUCAAAUCACG